AUGUAUUUAUCACUUCAAACUGUAUGUGGAUGUCAUGGAUAUCUUCUAUUUGAAUCCAUUCAUUGUGAUCGAUGUCGUUCAUUGAUACCAUAUCAAGUUAGUGAUGAAUCUCUCGUUGAUCCUGCUACAACAAAUAAUAUGCUCAAUGGAAGUAAUAUGAAAGCUAUACAAGGUAGUAAAAAUCCAUCUGAUGCGCUUGUACCAUAUAAAAAACCAAGUCAACGACAACAAAGAUUUACAACUGGUCGUAUUCGUUUUCGAGCCUUAUGUCCAUUUUGUAAUAGUUCAACUUAUGUUUUACGUUAUUAUUGUAAACGUGAACGAAUUUAUUAUCAUUUACGUAUUCAAAAUUAUAGUGAAAAUGAACAAACGACAUAUAAAUCAAUUGCUGAAAGUCAAAAUAGAAAUAAUUAUGAAUUAUAUAGUGAAAAACAUCAUCGAAAAAAUAGUUCAGUAACUGAAAGUUUAAAUGAUUCAUCAACAUUAAGUGGUUCAAUUUAUCUUCCAGCACCAUCAACUAUUUUAUAUGAUCAAAGUGGUUUACCAAGUUCAAGAGAUUUACAAAAUGAAAAUGAAAAACGUCUAUAUGCAUUAAAUGAUUUAGAAGGAGAUUUAUUUAAUGUAUUAAGAAAUGGUCUUUAUUAUGAUACAAUUAUUCAAUGUCAAGAUGAUGUUAAAUUACAAGUACAUCGAUGUAUUCUUGGUGGUCGUUCAUCUUGGUUUCGACAUCUUCUAAAUGAAUAUCAUGAUUCAGAUGGACAAGAUGAUUAUGUUUUACAAAUAAGUAUUGAUGAUGUUAAAUCUGAUGUUUUAAAUGAAAUAUUAAAUUUUAUAUAUACAAAUCGUUGUUUAAUUAGUUUAAAAAAUGCACCAGAUUUAUUAGUUGCAGCUAAACGUUUUGAACUUGAAAAAUUAAGAAAACAAGUUGGUGAUUUUCUUUUAUCUCGUCUUACAGUUGAAAAUGCUAUUGAAAUGCUUAUUUGUGCACAUGAAGCUGGUUCGGAAGCACUUAAAUCAGCAUGUAUACGUAUAAUUAAUCGUCAUGCAGAAAAAAUUAAACAUACAGAUAAAUGGCGAACAUUUAAAACUCAAUAUGUUGAUUUAGUACCUGAAUUAUAUGAACAUCGAAUAGAACGUUUAGAACCUUUACAUACAACAUAUUUGCCUGAUGUUUUUUCAGGACCACCAAUACCAUCAGAAAGUCUUCGUACAUUGACGAAAUUAUAUGAUAAUCCGGUUAAACAACGACUUGCUUCACCAACACUACGAAUUUUACCUGCAUCAUCAAGGUCACAACAAUCUCGUUCACCUACUCCUGUUGUUCAAAUACAUCAACCAUAUGAACCGAAUGAAUCAAUAAGACAUGAACCAACAGGUUCGUUUGCUCAUCAAAAUGAUCAUGCACGUCCAUCGAUUAUUGAUCGAGCAAGUCCUGUGAAAAAACCAAUAAUAACUAGAACACAACGUCGACCUAUUCCAACUCCUGUUGCUCCAACUUCUGCACGUUCUGUCUAUUCAACUACUAAACAAAAGUCAGACAUGGAUGUUCAACGUCGUCCAGCCAAUGCUAAUGAAAAAAGUGUUACUCUACCAGCAACUACUCCUAAACAACAACCAGUUAAUACACAAAUACCACAAAAACAACCACUUCCAGUACAACAAAAACAUCCACCACCAGUACAACAAAAACAACCUCCUCUAGCAUCCUUUAAACCACCACCUAUAAUACCAUUAAAACCAGCAGUUCCAACGCAACAAAAACCGGCACCACAAAAACCACCACCACCACCACCACCUCCUCCUCCUGUACAACAAAGAACACCAUCUCCGAUACUACAAAGAUCACCAACUAUAGUAUCACGUAAACUACCACCUCCAGCACCAUCAAAAGUAUCAAGAGGUGUUUCACCUCGAUAUGUAGUUGAAAUUCGAGAGAGUCCUUCAUUAACAGAUAUAGGUCCGGACGAACAAUUCACAUACGCACAACUUAUGAGUAUGGAAAAUAUGGAUUAG